ACGAGCACACCUCUCACUGUUGCGCCCUGGACUGGGUCGAUGGGAUUUCCCAGCAGGCUGCUUUCACAUCCUCCUGCCUCACCUCAGCCUUAAGGAUAAACAUUUUACUGAAUCGGUCAUUACUGUCGAGGAAGAGAUCGCAGUUUGUCGUGAAAGAAGGUUUGUGUUGUUGUAGUAAAUAUGUCGGACUCCGAGACCCCAAACCAGCCUCUCCUCAACCACCAGACAGCUGUCAAUGUGGAGGCCCAGCCACAGGGUGGCCAGUCCUCCUCCCGGGCCUAUAAGGUAGCAGGACUGGUCCUUUUGGCCUCUGUGCUGAUUGUGGGCCAGGUCUUGACCGCCUACUUCGUCUUCAGCCAGGGCAAUGACAUCAAAGCUCUGGAGAAGCAAAACGUGGAGCUGCAGUCGGACAUGACGAAGGGACGAUCUGUUGCAGUGCACGUUCCCAUGAACGUCCUGCCCGGGCUGAUGGACAACACCAUGGAUGUGAUGUCAUCAACUGGAGAGCCCGAAUCUGACACUCCCCUCACCGCCUGCCAGCAGGAGGCCGCCGGUAAGAAGCCGUUGCAGGUGCCAGGUUUUCGCCCUGACUGCGACAGCAACGGUCUCUAUCGGCCCCAGCAGUGCUUCGAGCAAUACUGCUGGUGUGUGAACCCAGUCACUGGGGAUCAGAUCCUUGGAUCCCAGCGCCAAGGACCAGUCAGCUGCGUCCGAGCUGCCAUGCCUGGCAGAAUGAACAUGUUGACUCUGGACACUUCUGAUAACUGAAGCUGUGUUGUUGAAUGAAGGUAAUCGAAGCCCACUUAAUCACCUGAAAUCAACAUUGCUUCGACUCUACGCUUGCAGUAGUUAAUAAAUGAGAGGAGUUUCGUGUACUGAUAAAUUACCACAUGAUAAUCACUUAGCUGCUUGCUAUCAUCUUACAAGUCUGUUUCAUCGUCAGUUAAUACAUUAACAUCAGAGCCUUUUAACUUUGACUUCAGUUUUCAAGUAUGAUUAAUUUCAAAGCUUCUGAUGUUUUCUGAAAUAAAUGUCAUUAAUCAAAGUGUAUCCCUUGUUAAUUUUAGAAACAAUUGUUUUAAUUUGGGAAAAAAAAAGGUCUGUAAAAAUCAAUUAUGAUAAGAGACCAAUUUUAAAUGACCAACCUUAAGAGUAGAAAGAAACACGACUUUCCACUCCUCAGAUUUGAAAUGUCAAAUGUUUGGCUGAGGUUUUAAAAAAUACAACUGUUAUUAAAGGUACUAACACAUUGAGACACAAUUGGAAUAAACACUUGAGACAAUUAAAAAGUGCAAGUCCCAAUGUAUUUAAACAACCCAAAUAAAACUGUUAAAAGACA